AUGUCGAACAACGAGGAAAAGCCUCGUGUUGAGGCUGAGGAUGAUGAUGGACCUGAUGAAUGGGACAAGCGCAUUUUCAGCACGGGAUGCCAUUCUGAGCAAGACAAGAUGAAUGACUGCUAUUUCGCAAAGAAGGAUUGGCGCGCCUGCAAAGAUGAAAUGGAGGCGUUCCGCGAAUGCUGGAAGCGACAGGGCAACGACCAGCGCACCGAAACGAAGGACGCAUAA